UCUAUCGCUGCCCUCUCGUUAAUUGCAGUGUCUACCACCCUCUCCCUUCCUAACCCCUUGAAUGCUAUGCAAAUCCUUUACAUUAACAUUUUGAUGGAUGGUCCGCCAGCUCAAUCUCUUGGUGUUGAACCACCAGAUACUGAUAUUGUCAAUCAGCCACCGCGCCAUAUUCAAGAGUCAAUAUUAGAUCGACGCCUUAUCAAGAGUGUUCUCAUCUCUUCCUUUACGAUUGUUUGUGGAACCCUCUUCAUAUUCCACCGCGAAAUGGCUACUGAUGGGAAAGUCACGCCUCGUGAUACAACAAUGACGUUCACUUGCUUUGUCCUUUUUGACAUGUUCAACGCACUUUCCUGUCGAUCUCAGAAGAAGUCAGUCUUCGAAAUCGGCUUUUUCUCAAAUCGCGUAUUUGUGGUGGCCGUAAGUUUGUCUCUGAUCGGACAGAUUUGUGUAAUUUAUUUUCCUCCACUCCAAUCUGUCUUCCAAACUGAGGCCAUCUUUGUCAGUGACUGGAUUCUACUCUUAGCCAUAUCAAGCAGUGUUUUUGUAAUAUCGGAGUAUCGCAAGUCCAAACUGAGUGUUUCUCAACUGUUGCAUCCAAGAAAGUUCUUCCAUCGUCUUCGGGAGACUCUUCAACGGUAUCUGCAUCGUGGUCCCUGUACCGAAAUCUCAAAAUCAAUUGUCUAG